AUGAGGUUGAAAUGGAUGAAUGGAGAAGGGCGGAGAGGCGAGGCGGGGACGCAGCACCGCCAGAGUCCUCAAGCAGGAGCUGUGGGGAGGGUUGACUGAAGUAGACAAAUCCUCAUUUUUAAUAAAGAAAUCAGGCUUUUACAGCUUAUUAUGACGACCCCUGAAGAAGGCAGCAACCCCAGUGGCAGAGUGAUGCCCCAGCUACCAUCACCUCUGCAGAAGCUUGAGCCGCGGGUGGCCCGAAGACGCCUGUCUCAGGCUCGCCACCGAGCCACCCUGGCGGAGCUCUUCAGUAACCUUAGGAAAACUGUUUACUCCCAGUCUGAUCUUACAGCCUCAAAGUGGCAGGUUCUGAAUAAGGCAAAGAGUCAUAUUCAGGAACUGGAACAAACGCUGGAUAAUUUGCUGAAGCUAAAAGAAUCCUUCAACUUGGAGGACGGGAAUGCACGUAGCUUAGAGGAAGUCAAGGAAGAAUACUCCAGCAUGUACUCUGGAAACGAGAGUUUUCCUCAGAAUGGCUUCUCCCCCUGGUAUCUCAACUUUUACAAGCAGACGAUGGACCUUCUGACUAGCAAUGGGAUUGUUUCCUCAAAGGAGGUGACACUGCCCAUUGUCUCCGCGGCCAUCUCCCACCUGUGGCAGAACCUCUCGGAGGAGAGGAAGGACAGUCUCCUGCAGGCCUGGGUGCAGAAGCAUGGUGGCCUUGCAGGGGCCAGUCAAGAGGCAGCCUAUGCCGAGGGCAGUGUGAAGGACAGUGGGGUGGACAGCCAAGGGGCCAGCUGCUCGCUGGUCUCUACACCAGAGGAGAUCCUUUUUGAAGAUGCCUUUGAUGUGGCAACUUUCCUGGACAAAAGUGAGGCUCCAAGUACAUCGAGUUCCAGUUCAAUGCUUGCCAGCUGCAACCCAGAAAAUCCAGAGGAAAAGUUUCAGCUCUAUAUGCAGAUCAUUGAUUUUUUUAAAGGCCUUUGCUGUGUUAGCCCUCAGUUAAAACAGGAACCAGACCUUCCCAUCGAUGAUGAGAUGAUAAUGUUGAGGUGCAUGGAGACCUUUGAUGAUGAAGAUCUGUAA